AUGGCACCCACCAAAUAUAUCGAUCGCCCUGUACCAACCAUCUCUCUGCGCGACUUCGACACUCGGGUCGACGAAAUCACCCAGGAGCUCGUCGAUGCUGCAGAGAAACAUGGUUUCUUUUGCGUUGUAGAUCAUGGAAUUAGUCGUGAUUCUAUCGAUGGCAUAUUCAAUCAGUCAUCGCGCUUCUUCGACCAGUCUGAUGACGUAAAGUCACGAGUACCCUUCUCUCCUCAGCACAACGCCGGGUGGGAAAAGAAUGCACAGAUAAGGCCCUCAACCGGGGCAGUUGAUCGUAAGGAGUCUUAUCAGAUGCAGUUUGGAGAAGGGAUGAAUGGGCGGUGGCUGGACGAUACGACUUUGCCGGGCUUCCAGGCACAAGCCCUCGAGUUCAUGCACGAAGCACAGGCAGUUAGCGAAAAGCUCAUGAUUUGUUUCGCGCGAGGCCUAGGCUUUGAAGAUGAUUACUUUGUCAAAGCUCACGACGUUAGCCGGCCAGAGUCUCAGACUGUUUGUCGACUCCUGCACUAUUUUGAAACGCCUAAAUUGCAAACUCCAACAGGCGAGGUGUACCAUAGGGCGGGUGCCCACGCCGACUGGGACUUUCUGACGUUGUUGUUCCAAAAAGCCGGGCAGUCUGGCCUUGAGAUAUGCCCCGGAAGAGAGGUGUCGACGUCAUUCGGCUAUGGCGACUCAUGGACAAAGGUCGAACCGGAUGUUGAGAAAAACGCUAUCGUGUGUAAUGUCGGCGACUUGCUCAUGUCAUGGUCGGAUGACCGCUUCAAGUCAACCUUUCAUCGUGUCAAGGCACCAUGCGAGCCAGACGAUUACUAUGGCGAGCGAUACAGCAUCGCCUUCUUCAACCAGCCAUGCAAGGAUGCUAAAAUCCAAGGUCCACUAAAGAAGUACCCAAUGGUAACUGGCGAAGAGUUUACCAGGGAAGCCAUGAGCCGGAAUUAUCAGGCCAUACAAGAGAAGCUGAAGAAGGAGAGGGAUUCGAUGACCAAGACGAUAGAAGUGAACGUGGCAGCAACACCUGUACAUGCUACAGCUUGA